AUGCAGAAGAGUCACAUUACUACAACCACCAUUAGGGUUCUUGAGGCUGCACCCUCCCCAUCUCCGCCACCGACAACCACCACCAAUGGCGGAGGCGGAGUUCCUGCAUGCGCAUCAUGCCGCCACCAGCGAAAGAAGUGCACAGAAAAGUGCAUCUUGGCACCUUUUUUUCCAGCGGAAAAAACCCAAGAUUUUCAAGCUGUUCAUAAGGUCUUCGGGGUUAGUAACGUGACUAAAUUGGUGAAGGAUUUGACUAGAGAAGACGGGAAAAAAGCGGUGGAUUCACUCAUCUGGGAAGCGAAUUGUCGGCUUAAAGAUCCUGUGUUAGGGCCAUUAGGAGAGUUUCAAAGGGUUUCAGAAGAACUUAGGGUUUAUAAAACGCAAUACCAACAAGCUAAUAUUCAUCAUCAUCAUCAUCUUCGACAAGUUCCCAUUACGCAAAACGGGGUUUUGUACAACAAUAAAUCUGGGCAGCAACGUUUGAUUGGAUCAUGGAAUGGUGAUAACAAUGGGAUUAACAAUGGUGCAGUGUUGGAUUAUAUUCAUAGCAAUGGGAUCGGUAAUGGUGGUGGUAUUGAUAAUUCGCGUAUGUUCAACUAUGGAUCUUUGCAAAAUAUGGAGAAAUUAAAGCAAGAAAGAGAUCAACAACAAGGUUCUUUGAUUCAUCCACAGCAGCAUAUGAUGAACGACUUCAGUCAAUUUUACUAG